AACCACGCGCUCGAUGAGGACGGUUCCAAAGCGGCACCCGCCUUCGCCAUGACGCCCUCGCCGGAAGUUCCGCCCCUGGGCAACGACAGCCACCCGGGCGGCGCCCCGGUGGCCUUCUGCAGCAUCGACGAGUCGUACAAGUACAUCUUCCUACCCAUCUGCUACUCCUUCACCUUCGUCUUCAGCCUGUCCCUCAACGCGGUGGUCCUGUACCGCUCCUUCCGGCGCACCAAGCGCUGGAACGCCUCGCUGAUCUACAUGGUCAACCUGGCCUCCACCGACUUCAUGUACGGCCUCUCACUACCCUUCCUGGUGGCCAGCUACGUCAUGCGCGACCGCUGGGUCUUCGGCGACUUCAUGUGUCGCCUGGUGCGCUUUCUCUUCUACUUCAACUUGUACGGUUCCAUCUUCUUCCUCACGUGCAUCUCGGUGCACCGCUACCUGGGCAUCUGCCACCCCAUGCGGGUCAUCGCCCUGGAGACCAAGAAAGCCGUCAAGUGCGCUUGCGUCCUGGUGUGGGCGGUGGUCUUCGCGCUCACCUGCCCCAUCUUCCGCUUCGCCCGCACGGCCCGCGCGGUCAACGGCGGAGCGUACAACUGCUGGGACGACGCCAUCGACCGAGAGUUCUCCGACUACGUGCCGUACGGCGUGGUCCUGCACCUGCUGGGCUUCUUCGUCCCGUUCUCCGUCAUCGCUUGGUGCUACUCGCAUGUGGUGCGGACCAUCUUCAAGACUUUGCCUUCCCAUCGCAGACGAGAGGAGGCGGCCGUCUUCCCCGGCGCCGACUCGCCUUACGCCGGCCGCAGGCGCAAGUCCAUCCGGACCAUCGUCACCAUCACGCUGCUCUUCGCGCUCUGCUUCUUCCCCUUCCACGUGACCAGGACCGUCUUCUUGCUCCUCAAGCUGAGCAAAGGCGUCCCGUGCCAGACCGUCACCACCGUGUCCAUGUGCUACAAAAUCACGCGGCCUUUGGCGUCCUUCAACGCGUGGCUCAACGCCCUCCUCUACUUCCUCACCAAGGACAAGGGGGGAUGCUGCCCACCGCCGGCCGCCACUGCCGCCGCUGGCCCUCUGCUGCCUUUGAGGAUGAUGGAAAAAGGAGAAGACCACGUCCACCGCCAUGGCAAAAGUCCCUUAUUGACCUAACCAUACUUCAUUGACAAAUCCAUCCAAAAAAAAAAACUUUUUGGGGGGUUGUUCCUAGCUCCUUUGGGGCUAGGAACUUUUCACAAGUAGAGUUGUGAAAAAGAAAUACUACUCUUACUCCGCUACUUUGGGAUACACUUGGUCCGUUAAAUUUUUCCUCUUUACACUACAUAUUGACCUUAUUUUUGCCAGACAGUGGCUGUCUCAGUUCCACCAAUGAGACGUCGCAACAAUAAACAUGACUAAACAAUCAGAGGUAACAAUGUUUUUUCUCCACUAGAGGGCACUCGUGCUCUUUGGACAGGUAACGGGUCAUAGUGUUCUGGUCUGAAUCUGAUGAUUUUUGGA